CAUAAUGAAAUCCAGGCCCAAAAAAAAUCAGCUUUUCUUAUUUGCUGUCGCGGAACUUGGUGAGCUGCCCGCCUUUCAUCACCGCCGAAAGCAGAGAGAGUUUCGGCCGGUGGCAAACCGAGCUCGUCGCCGUGGGAUGAAACCAAAAGUGAAAGAUUAAUCUGAUAGCAAGUAGAGCUCCCCUCCAUGGCGCCUGGAAAUAACUGCAUUCGUGAAACACACUAUGAAAUACUAUCUGUGAAGGAAGAUGCAAGUUACGAAGAUAUCAGAACAAGCUACAGAUCUGCGAUCCUUAAUAGUCAUCCUGAUAAACUGCAAGCUACAUCCGAGUCGGGAGAUAGAUUCUUGAAGGUGCAAAAGGCUUGGGAAAUCCUCAGCGAUUCUAGGUCUCGCACACUUUAUGACAAUAUGCUGAUAGCUUCUAGACACGACACUUUUGUAGCUGAUGAUAUCAGCUUAGAAGACGUGAUGGCUGAAGACGCAGGAGAGGUCAUUCAGCUCUUUCACCAGUGUCGAUGCGGGGAUUACUACUUUGUUGAUUCUUCCGAGUUGGAGAAAAUGGGAUACGCUUUGUUAAGAGAUGGUAGCAGGCUUUCUUUUGAGGCACAAAAUUCUCUGCCUGCAUCACUUGUCCUUCCUUGUGGUUCUUGUUCUUUGAAAGUUCGUAUAUUGAUCAAUCCAGACGAUUCUGUUUCUAUUGAUCAUCAUCACUGAAUGUGGUGAUAUGUAAACACAUUUGGCUUGAAAUUAAGCCUUAAAUACAAAACGCAAUACUGAGUAUCUGUUUUAUUCUUGGCAUGCCUCUUGAAAUAUUCAACCUUCCCAAGUCCCAACAAAAAGUCGUCGGCAGAUGUAUAGCUAAACUGACAAACCUUUGCCAAGCAAUCAAGGUCGGUAAGUUUGUUUUCUAAUACUCCAAUAAUGGCAUGAUCUCAAUUUGGGUCUAACAAUUCUCCUCCAACAAAUUUAAGAGACUUGAUCGCCUACUUUCCCCUCCUUCCUGGUUCCUCGGAAAUGGGUUCUUCCCAGAAAAGCUCCCAAUGGAGAAGUGUCUUCGACGGCGUGAAACUCAAGACCAUCCCAUCAAUGCCAGAAGCUCUAAUGGCAGAGAUCAACACUGCAAUAUGCAACCUUGAAUACACACGCGCCACUGCUCUUCUCGAAUCCACGUCCCCUUCUUCUUCGUCUUCCUCUUCUUCAAUCUCGAAGAACGAGAGCUCCUCCUCUGCUCAGCCUCAGUUUGAUGCCAGGAAAGCCGAUCAGGCUUACAAGGCAGGCUGUGCUGCCUUGGCUGCUGGGAAGCUCGAUGAGGCUCUUCUGUCAUUGAACGUUUCGCUUUCGAACUGCCCACCUGAUCAGACUUCUGCCGUUGCGAAGCUUCAGUCGCUUAUCUCUCUCACGUCUCAGCAGCUGCAUAAACCCACCAAUUGAAAUUUAUUGUUCUCGUAGUGUUUUAUUAGUUGUCCACAGUAUUAUUGAAAUUUCGGAGUUCAUAGCUUUUGGUUUAGCUUAUUGUGUAAAUGUUAUCUGCCUUCGUUUGGAGUUAUAAUGAUGUAACCGCAAUGCACGUUUUGGUGGGAAAAGUUGGUGUUGCCAUGUUUAUGUGGUAGCACACAUUGUGAUUCUGGAAAUAGGAAUGUGGGGCUAUUAAAUAGAGCUAAGUAGAUAGGAAGAUGAUGGGUUUCAUGUGGCCUUGAGCUUUACAGCUCAAUGUAGGAGGUUUAUCAUUGUCUAAGAUUGCGUUUGAUUUUCUGGUUAUCUGAGAUAAUUGUGGUUUGUAGUUAAAAAAUGAUUCUGCAUUACUGUUGUUAUGUUGAAAAUGGAGGCAAGUUCGAGCUUAUUAAUGUGGAUAUCAUAUGACAGUGAUAUGAACCUGUCAAUCUGCGAUGUUAUUCAAAAACAGUUCUGGUAAGUGUCAUUUCUGAACUGAUAGGGUUUUAAUAGUUGUUAAACCAGUUGUAGAGGUCUGUUGUUACUGGACUUUAAGUGCCC